AUGUAUAUCCGUACUGUGUAUGGGUUGCUGCUCAUAACGCUCAGCGUGAGUACUUGGGCAUCUGCUGUACAGAAAAGGUCAAUCGACGUCGAUGGAGAUGGUGUUGCGGAUACAUGCUAUGAGAUUUGUGAGAAGCCGCUCACAUGUCUGCUGGCCGAUGGAUCUUGGACGACUGUAGCUAGAAAUAUUGUACUUCAUACAACUAGUACAUCAAUAUCAACCACCACCUCAUCACAUUCAAUAACAGCGACUGGUACAGCUGCACAAUCGACAUCAUCAUCAUCAGGUUCUGCGACCGCUGCAGUAUCUGCUGUUAAGAAAGAGGCUAGCCAGACAUCCAGUACAACAAAACCAACCAGUACGACGAAAAGCACUUCAACCAAGAAAUCUACCACUCUCAAAACAACCACCACCAAGAAGAAAACUACUACAACGAAGAAGACCACAACGACCAAACCAACUACUACCAAGAAGACCACCACCACCAAACCAACUACCACCAAGAAGACCACCACCACUAAGCAUACCACCACGAAGAAGACGACUACCACCAAACCGACUACUACCAAGAAGACCACCACCACUAAGCAUACCACCACGAAGAAGACGACUACCACCAAACCUCAUACCACCACCAAGGAGACCACCACAAGCCACAAGUCGAGCACGAAAAAAACAACCACUCAUAAGACCACCAGCACAACCAAGACAUCAAGCAAAACCACGGUUCUAGCCACAAGUCCAACGGCAACAUCCGGCCUUCCAUCAGUAUCCCAGUUCCAAAAGGAUAAUGGCACCAAAUGGAACGUCGAAUACAUCGGCAACCUCUCUUUCACAGGCCAGCUUCAGAAGGAAAAUCUGGGCGGCGACAAAUGCCGGACGAGCAAGUUAGGGGGCAAAGUGAUCUGGAGCUGCGGCGAUAUGGAGUGCGGCGGCGACGUGAUGACGUGCGGCCUCUCGAUGGGUCCAGCAUUCUACGGCACCGACACUGUCAUGACUGUGAACACAACGGGUUUAACGUACGUUACGGAAAACGACUUUGUCAAACCAUGGUCUGGAGACGAAGAUAUCCAAGAGCCCUACCAGAGCUGGGGCAUGGACACGUCAAACGUGGCCGCCAUCAAUUCGACCCACGGCGUCGCAUACGCCUACGAGAUCUGGCGCAACGGACCGGAUGGCGCCGCCGAAGACCGAGGCAACGCAGUCGCCGUCGUGACAUUGGGCGACACCAAGCCCAUCGCCACGCGCAUCGGGCCAUUACUCACAGAUAACACCACUAUUCAUCUAGGCAUACACUCCAUUCUCCGCGACGGCAAUUAUAUCUAUAUCUACUCCAUGGGUGGACCUACGAACAUCAUGGUUGGCCGUGUCGAGGCGUCGGACGCCGUGUUCACACCCUCCAAAUACGAGUUUUUGAAGAAGGACACGAACGAUACCUGGGUAUCGGGCAUUCCUCAGUACAAUCCCACCAACAUCGCGAUGAUGGCCGGAUCCAGCGACGGUACGUUCUUUUGCGAGCACUAUGGCUCUGUCACAUUCAACCACUACCUCAACAAAUACAUCUUGCUGUGCGGCAAGUUUCUGAGUUUCGUCACCAUGUACGUGGCCGACACGCCCUAUGGCCCUUUCAGCGACGGCUACCAGCUCCAGGCCGGCGGCCAGAUGGAGGGCAGCUACGGGACUAUGAUGCACCCUAUGUUCCAGCCUGUCGCGGGCAGUGAUCAGUCCUGGUACUAUUCCCUGGGACCAAAUUCCGCCUUUUACAUGUACAAAAUCACCUUCCACUAUUGA